GUUUCUAAAUAAAUAUUGAUUAUAAGAGACUGAGAGAGAGAGUGAGAGUCAUUUCUAGAAGAGAAAUAUCUCUCGUCUCUAUCGAUCGAGAACCACUUGCUUUUCGAUCAAUCAAACCCCCGAUCUCUCCUCUUAAAUCCUACCGCCGCCGCCACCAUGAAACGCUCGAUCGACGAUAUUGGCGUCUCCAAAAGUAAAAGCAAACCUGUCUUCUUAACCAAAGCUGAACGUGAAACUAUAGCCCUUCAACGCCGCCAAGAAGAAAUCGAACAACAGAAAAAACGCCAACAACUCAUGCUCUCCCAAUCCCGCCCCUCCAGUUCUGACACCGAAAAACCUCCCUCCGAUUCUGACCGCCGUGACAGAGACAGAGACCGUGACAGAGACAGGGACAGGGACAGGGACAGGGAUAGGGACAGAGACAGAGAGCGCGAUCGAGAGAGAGACAGAGACAGAGAAAGAGAACGCGAGCGCGAGCGCUCCUCGCGGCGCAACAGAGAGCGCGAACGUGAAGAGGAUGUAAAGGCGCGUGAACAAGCCAGAUUGGAGAAAUUAGCCGAGAGAGAGCGAGAGAAGGAGCUGGAUGCCAUUAAAGAGCAAUAUUUAGGGUCCAAAAAGCCUAAAAAGAGAGUAAUUAAACCUAGUGAGAAGUUUCGCUUCUCUUUCGAUUGGGAAAACACGGAAGAUACUUCUAGGGAUAUGAAUGUUUUGUAUCAAAACCCUCAUGAGGCACAACUUUUGUUCGGUCGAGGGUUUCGGGCUGGUAUGGAUAGGAGAGAGCAGAAAAAACUUGCUGCAAAGAAUGAGAAGGAUAUGAGAAAUGAAUUUCGGAAAAAAGAAGGCCUGGACGAAAAGCCAGAAGAGGCGGCUGCUCAAAAAUUGAAGGAAGAAGCUGCUGAUAUGUAUGAUACUUUUGAUAUGCGUGUUGAUAGACAUUGGUCGGAGAAGAAGCUUGAAGAAAUGACUGAGAGAGAUUGGAGGAUAUUUAGGGAAGAUUAUAAUAUUUCUUACAAGGGCUCAAAGAUUCCGCGGCCGAUGAGGAGUUGGGAAGAGAGUAAGUUGAGUAGUGAGUUGUUGAAGUCAGUGGAGAGAGCUGGGUAUAAGAAGCCGUCACCUAUUCAAAUGGCAGCGAUUCCUUUGGGAUUGCAACAGCGGGAUGUUAUUGGGAUUGCUGAGACUGGUUCUGGGAAGACUUGUGCUUUUGUUUUGCCUAUGCUGACUUAUAUUUCUAGGUUGCCUCCAAUGAGUGAGGAGAAUGAGGCUGAAGGGCCUUAUGCAGUUGUUAUGGCACCUACGCGUGAGUUGGCACAGCAGAUUGAGGAUGAGACUGUUAAGUUUGCACAUUAUUUGGGUAUUAAAGUUGUUUCUAUCGUUGGUGGGCAGUCUAUUGAAGAACAGGGGUUUAGGAUUAGGCAAGGUUGUGAGGUGGUUAUUGCUACUCCAGGUCGUUUGAUUGAUUGUUUGGAGAGGCGUUAUGCAGUGUUGAAUCAGUGUAAUUAUGUUGUGCUUGAUGAGGCUGAUAGGAUGAUUGAUAUGGGUUUUGAACCACAGGUUAUGGGUGUGUUGGAUGCAAUGCCAUCGAGUAAUUUGAAGCCAGAAAAUGAGGAUGAAGAGCUUGAUGAGAAAAAGAUUUAUCGCACCACCUAUAUGUUUAGUGCUACUAUGCCACCUGCUGUGGAGCGACUUGCUAGGAAGUACUUGAGAAAUCCUGUUGUGGUCACUAUUGGUACUGCUGGAAAGGCCACCGACUUGAUUACUCAACAUGUGAUAAUGAUGAAGGAAUCAGAGAAGUCCUACAGGUUGAAUAGAUUGCUUGAGGAAGCUGGAGAUAAGACCGCAAUUGUCUUUGUUAACACUAAAAAGAAUGCAGAUAUGGUGGCCAAGAAUUUGGACAAGCUUGGUUUUCGUGUCACAACUUUGCAUGGUGGGAAGUCCCAGGAGCAGAGGGAAAUUAGCCUUGAAGGUUUUAGAACCAAAAGAUACAACGUCCUUGUUGCAACCGAUGUUGCAGGUCGUGGUAUUGAUAUACCUGAUGUGGCCCAUGUCAUUAAUUAUGAUAUGCCUGGAAAUAUUGAAAUGUAUACUCAUCGUAUUGGACGAACAGGCCGUGCUGGAAAGACAGGUGUGGCAACAACAUUCUUGACUCAUGGGGACACGGAUGUCUUUUAUGAUCUCAAGCAAAUGCUUAUUCAGAAUAACAGUCCUGUGCCUCCUGAAUUGGCAAAGCACGAGGCUUCAAAAUUCAAGCCAGGAGGAAUUCCUGAUAGACCUCCUAGACGAAAUGACACGGUUUUUGCUCACUGAGACACUUGGGAGUUUCAGAAGAUCAUGUAACAAAAUCUAUGUGCAAUAUAGUGGUAUCAGAAACUUCCGUGGUUACUGCUCUACCAGUGGGACCGAGUUUAAGUCGGGGAUUUGACAAUCUCAAUUUAUUCAACGAACUUCCGUUUCCAUAUAUUUUCUUGAUACAGAGUUUCUGCCUUUAUCUGGGUCUUCGAGACUUGUGUUCCCCAGUUUCUGAGAGGUGAUACCAAAGCUCAUUCCCAUCAUCCCAUGGUACUUUGGUCCAAAAUUUGGUAAGUUAUACUAAGAUGAUAUAUAUUUUAUGUGAUUCCAAUUUGGUUCCUUUAGUAUCCUUUCAUAGUAUUCAGAUAUGAUGUUCUUUCUAGCCAUUGGCAAUUCCUUCAUUCAACCUAUCUAUUUUUUCUUAUGGAAAAUAUGACUGUUGCACUAGCUUCCAAAUUAAUUAAGCUCAUAUUGAUGCGCAAGUGAUCUAAAUUAAUCUAUGGGGUCUUAAGCAUUUGCUUACAUGCAAUACUUCAUGCAAUCUUCAAAUUUUUGGAAAUAGCCAAAUCACUUGAGUUCCUCUUUGACUGUUGGAUGCAGCUCGUUAACAGCUUGUUUUUGGUAAAACUACUACAGUGAUGCGUGAAUUGUUCAAGUAUUUAAUCAAUUAGUUUGUUUCUCAAAGAAAAUCUCCCCUUUCACAUCAAUUUACAGCUCCCAAAUCUCUUAGGAUUACAAAUCGCAUCAAAUUUGAUUGUUUGGAACUCAGAGAAUAGAUUAUAGAUGAAGAUUUUGGCAUGUUUUAAGGGCAGGGUGAUUAAACUAGUAAAAUAAAUGCAGGAUAUUAUGGGGUUUAUAGACUGAAGUGGAAUGAAUAUAAAAGCACUACCAGCAUCACACUAGUAGGAUUUAUAGGAAGAAUACCUAGAAGAUAGAAAACCGCAUCACACCUAAGGUUCUUUGGCGUCACACCUAAUAUAGUUGCUCAACACCUAAGAUAGGUUGCACUACACAGUCUCAAAACAUAUACUGAAAUUCUUUUUCAUUAAUAAGUUCAUUUAAAAGUUUUGGGUUACUAGCGUCUAAGAGUAGAUUUGAGGGUACCCUGAUAGAGGUGCACUAAGGAGGCGCUCCGAAGGUGGAGGCAGCUGGGCUUUCAAGUACUUAAUAGUGUAGUAGUUGACUGGUACAAAUUACCCCUGUUUACGACAAUGACAGAACUGCCCGUGACAGUUCAGGCCCCAGGAUCCAUCAAUAGGAAGUCCCGAAGUCUAGCCAAAUAGGCAUACUGGCUUUAGAGUUAGGUUUGUCCAUCUUCAAAAAUCACAUGAAGAUAUAUGGAUUUGAAUUGCUUCAGUUUCUGCACCUUAAUGAUGUCACUGCUCAAAGUUCACCACCCAGUAUUUGCUGUGAAUUUUCUCACAGGUCGUUGUGGCUUGGUUUUUAAAGCUGACAAUUAGCGUGGUAGAUGUUUGGCUGUCCUCAUUGUAAAAUUGCUAUCCAGGUUUGGGAAAAUGUACUCUAGCCAAUGCAGAAUCCUACAGCCUGGAGCAGCUGUCCUUGCCAGUUUUACGGCCAAAUCCGCUUCUGUGAAGCAAAUUGGUUUUCGAGGUCUGCAGCAAUGGAUUUGACAUGGCAGCUCACAUGCUGAAAUGAUCUGCCGUUCCAGCUCCGAGGCCGAUUAAUCAAAGCUCGAGUUUGACAGUGCUUUUGCUUUGUUUUGGGUACAUUUCUCAAGAAAAUAGAGUUUUUUUUUUUUUUUAAUAUAUACACACCAUUAAAAUCUCUCUUGACAAUGCAAGAAAUAAGCUGAGAAAUAGAAGAAAACAAGAGAGAAAAUUUUGUUUGUAAAA